AUAAGGCUCGUAUGAGUGAAACCGCCGCUGCCUCGGCCCUAGUUCUGCAGUCUUGUCUGCCUGCAGACAAUGAUGCCAAUGUCCUCCAGGAUAUAUUGAUGAAGGUCAAUGUCAUGACUGCAGAGAUUCGUGCUUUAAAAGAGGAGAUAUUCGAGUGCAAAGCGGAGGUUUCCCACCUACGAACCUGCAGGUCCUGUGUGCGCACACUAUAUAAGGAAUUACGAUCUCCAUGCAUGCCCCUUGGGAUGUCACAGUCUCCACCCAUGCCGCUUGGGAUGUCACAGUCUCCACCCAUGCCGCUUGGGAUGUCACAAUCUCCACCCAUGCCGCUUGGGAAGACACAAUCUCCACGCAUGCCGCUUGGGAAGACACAAUCUCCACCCAUGCCGCUUAAGUCACAAUCUCCACCCAUGCCGCUUGGGAAGUAACAAUCUCCACCAAUG